AUGACGUGGAGCCUCAGCACAAACCCUUCAUGCAGUUACAGAGAGAUAUAUACAGUGAAGAGCAGCAAGAAGAGGAGAAAGUCCAGGAAAGAAAGUUACGCCAUCUAUAUCUACAAAGUGAUGAAGCAUGUUUACCCUGACACUGACAUUACCUCCAAGGCCAUGAGCAUCAUGAACUUGCUUGGCAAUGAUAUUUUCGAGCGCAUCAUGGGCAGACAUUGCUGCCUGGUCCAUUACAAGAAGUGCAGCACCAUCAGCUCCUGGGAAAUUCAGACCACUGUGUGCCUCCUAUUGCUUGGGGAGCCGGCCAAGCAGGCCACGUCAGAGGGCACAAAGGCACUGACCAAGUUCACCAGCUCCAAGUGA